AUGUCGACGCUCGACGCGCUCGAGCGAUGCGCGAGAGAAACGCGCGAGUACGUCGGCGCGCGCGUGACGCGCGCGACGUCGCCGCCGAGCGCGCUGGCGUUCGCGAUGGCGCACAUCGCGGCGAACGUGCCGCUGUUGACGGCGAACGCGACGACGCACUGGCGCGCGCACGACGCGUGGCGCGCGAACGAGGGCGUGAUGGAGGAUUUCGGAGGCCCCGAUGCGGUCGUCGAGGUGAACGCGACGCCGAACGGGCGAGGAGACGCGGUGCACAGGGUGGAGAAAGAUGGCUGGGCGCGACUCGGGACGGGGACGCGGUGCGAGACGACGGGACGAGGCGAGACGCGCGACGCGUUCGACGCGUUCGUGGAGCCGGCGAAGAGGGAAAUGACGAUAAAGGAAUUGUUUGAAUCGCUCGAGGACGGCGCGGGGACGGGGACGGCGUGGUAUCUGUCGGGGCAGAACGAUAAUUUGAGGUCGAGCGAAGCGUUGGCGCGCGCGGGCGCGCGAAACGACUUCGACGUCCCGUUCGCUCGCGAAGCGUUCGCGAGCGUGGGGAAAGCCGGUCGUGACGGUUUAGGGGAGGCAGUGAACCUGUGGAUCGGGAACGAUGCGUCGCAGACGUCGUAUCAUCAGGAUUUCUAUGAGAAUAUUUACACCGUCGUGCGCGGGACGAAGGUCUUCUCGCUUCGACCGCCGUGCGACGUGUUCGACAUGCGCGCGACGGAAGCGGUUCGCGGCGUGUUCGAAACCGACGACGCGCUCUCAUGGCGAAUUAAACUCCGUCCUUCGUUCGAACCGCGCGUUGUCUGGAGCGCGGUGGACCUCGAUCCAGUCACGGGCGAGCCGAUUUUCGGCGACGACGACGCGUUACGAUACCGUCGACCGCGUCCCGAACCGUGCUUCGACGUCGAAGUGCGCGCGGGCGAAACACUCUACAUCCCCGCGAUGUGGUUCCAUCGCGUGCGUCAAAAAGGGAUCGCGAUCGCGGUGAAUUCGUGGUUUGACAUGCAUUUCGGCGACCGAUACGCGACGCGUCCGCUGUGGGAGCCGUCGCGACGCUCCAUGUCAAGUUCUAGCGUAACUCUAGCGUAA